AUGACGAACAACGUGGUAGUAUUUCUACUGUGCGGUAUUGUGAUCAUCAGUGCCGGGAAUCCGAAUAGUGACGAUGUCAUACCGCAGUUUCGGAAUGUCAGGCAACUUAGGUCCUUGGGCAUCGAAUUUUCCGAAUACUUUCGAAAUAUUUCACUGCAAGACUUAGGCGACCUGGAGUCCCAGUUUUCGAGUGAAGAGGAUCAGCUGUGCUUCAGCGACAUGAAGGCGCUGAUGACAGGACUUGGAAGUGCUGAGUACUGGGCGUUGAAGAUGAUCGAUGCCUGGGGCUCCAUUCCAUCGGGUCUACUCGCCGGCAAUUCGUACGACCUGGGAAACUUUGACGAGUGCCUGAACAUCAGAAAGGAGAUCAUCGGCCAGAAGAGAACUAUUCAAGGAAAGUACUGCUUCCUCUCGGUAUCUCCUGCCAAAAUUCUGGGGAUCGAAAGAAACAUCGGUAGCUUCAGAACAGCCACUUGCUUUCCUGCAUCCUGCUCGGCGGUCAACAUGAAUGCGUUUGUGGAUCAACUGAUGAAGAAGUUACUCAAUGUCAGUGUUCCCAGCUCAGCCAUGACAAUCAGCGAAGGCAGCUGCCAGACCAGUGAUAGUGAGCCCUGGGAUGGACUCACCAUAUUUAUGAUAGUUAUUUUAUCCGUAAUGAGUUUCAUAGUGACAUUAUUUACUCUGUGGGACUACUUUCUAGUCAAAGAUCAGGCUCAGCUUCCGGACAUUGUGAAGAUUUUUUCAGCUCGGGCCAAUUCUCGAGCCCUAUUUCGCGUUGUAGAAAGCCAUUCGAAUCCGAAUGUAAUCGACUGCCUUCAUGGAAUUCGCUGCAUGUCCCUGAUUUGGGUGAUAACCUGCCAUCAGUACUCAGUGACUCUUAUUUCGCCACACAUCAAUUUGUUCAGUGCAGCGUUGUGGGUGGAAAAACCAUUUGCCAGUUUUAUUCUGCAUGGUUUCCUAUCCGUGGACUCGUUUCUAGUGAUUGGCGGCUUGUUAGUGGCUCUGAUUCCAUUGCGAUUAAUGGAUAAGACCAAAGGCAAACUUAAUGUGCUAAUGAUGUAUUUACAUCGCCUAAUCCGCAUCGCUCCACUUCUGGCAAUGGCCAUAGUGGUCCACAUGAAGCUGAUGCCCUUGAUAUCAAGUGGACCACUCUUUGUAGGUGGUUACAUAGGAAACGCGGCUUGCAAGACUGGUUGGUAUUGGACUUUGCUGUUCGUGAAUAACUACACAGAUGCCAUGUGCAUAGGUCAAUCCUGGUAUCUGUCGAUGGACAUGCAGCUGUACAUUAUCUCGCCGAUACUGUUGAUCUCCCUCUACAAAUGGGGCAAGAAAGCAGCUGCUGGUAUCUUCAUUCUUAUAAUUUUACUUACCGCCUGUCUAUUUGCCACCCUGAUGGUCAAUGGAUAUACAAUGAUGAUCACGACUGCCUCUCCAGAAGCCAUGCGAGAUGGGUACUAUGCAACCCAUACUCAUGCUACACCCUGGCUGAUAGGAUUCCUCUUCGGAUACUUCCUGCAUCUGAACAGAGGGAAGAAGUUCCAGCUCAGCUGGGUAGCCGUGUGGUCAGGAUGGAUCCUCUGUCUGGCCAUGAUCUUCACAUCGAUCUUUGCCCUGUAUCCGCCGUCCAAGUUGUCUGGACCUGACGCGUCCACCUUGGCGGAGUCUUUAUACUACACUUUAACCAGGGUGGGCUGGGCUUUGGCCCUUUGCUGGGUGAUCUUCGCCUGCAUUCAGGGAUACGGAGGACUUGCCAAUAGUUUCCUCGCCUCUCCGCUAUGGCAACCACUCUCUAGGCUUUCGUAUUCCGUUUUUAUAUGGCACAUGUUCUUCAUGGAGAUGAACGCACGGAUUACCAGAACGAGCACUUACUUCUCGGAUUACGGAAUGAUGCUUAACUUCUGGUCGACCUUAGGGUUCACCUUGCUGUUCUCCUAUGCAUUGCAUCUGCUCAUUGAGGCACCAAUUGGCGGACUUGACAUUUUCCUGAGGCCAAAGGGAAAGAGCCCUCCUAUCGAAAAACAGACAUCUCAUAUUGAUGAUAAGGAGCCUAGGGACCCAGAAAAACUACUGGAACCUACAACUUCAACUGUAGAUUAGUUAAAUAAUAACAUCCAAAUUCUGGUAACUAAGAUAACACAUUUCAUUUGAAUGCACCCAAGAAGGCUUCAAAUCACAAGUGCCUUUUAAAUUCGGAGUAAUCUUCAACUUAAUGAAUCUAUUUUUAAUCAAGUAUAUUAUCACAUUGUGAUCGUCACUUGAAUAGUUUACUUACUUACUUGACUUGUUUAAUCUCAUUGAGUGGCCGACUGGAAAUUAUUAGUGUUUUUGUUAUUCUUUUUUUUUAUUAAAUGUAGAUAGACUUAGAAAUAGUUGCCGGUAUCAACUUGGUUGCCAUGUAUUUCCUAGUUCUUAUUUCAAAUAACAAAGUCAAACUAUUUCUGAAAGGGUAUUUCAAAGUCGUGUUGGCUUUGCUCGAACAGUCACAUCAACUUUUUGGGGUCGAGGCUCGAAAUCCGUCGCAUUUUUGCGGCUCAACGCAAAUAUAAUAAUAAAUUUUGCAUAUUGCCGUGGCUAUUAUUUUUCAUAAAUGAAACUGUUGUCAAUGGCUGGGCCGCAUUCACCGCCUACUGAUGUCCUUUAAUGGUUAUUUUUGUUGUUGUCUAUGCCUUUGUUGGUCCUGUUUUUAUGCGCAUCCUGUUGCC